AUGCCAAGUCCUAACAUCUUCACCACGGAAACUAUCCAAGACUUAGAAAGUUCAAAUCCAGGGACUAGCGGUUCUGUGGACAGUUCCAUUACCCCUCAAACAGAGAUGCCAGGAACAUCAACAGAACAGGAAACUCCUGCUCGUCAGAAGAGAAAAAGACCUUUACCAGGAAAAGGCAAAGGGAAGAGCAAGUGUGCAAAGAAAGUGAAGUAUCCGUGUGGUGAGUGCUCAAAGGAGUGUGUGGAAGAUUGUGUCGCUUGUGAUGGGUGCGACACAUGGUUCCAUGGAAGAUGUGUUGAUCUGCCAGACCUAGAGACAAUAUCAUCUGAUAUGUGGUUCUGCCCAGACUGCUCAGAGUCAGUCACCAGUGAUUAA